AUGUGCAGCACAAACCCGGCUGGCGGCGYGCACGCAGGUCCCGUCAUUAAGGUGAAGAUCCCGAAGGACAGGGAUGGCAAGCCAAAGCAGUUCGCCUUCGUGAAUUUCAAGCACGAGGAGUCCGUCCCGUACGGCAUGAGCCUGCUCAAUGGCAUCAAGCUUUUUGGGCGGCCCCUCAAGAUCCAGUUCCGCUCAGGGAGCAGCCACGCGUCCCACGAUGGGAGCUCCCCGCUGGCGCCGCACGGAGCUGCCAGCGCGCCCGGUGCCGGCAGAUACGACAGGAGUCCUGAUCACAUGGUGGCAGCAGGACUCAUGCCUGUACAGAGGUCCCCCGAACACCUCCAGAGACAGGCCAUGGUAUGCUCUUCUUUGGCACUCGGUGCCAGGAUGGGCGCCCACCCCUACUUCGCCGAGGGGCGGCACUUCGCGCGCGAGCCGCGCUUCGCCGAGCGCCCCGCCGACUACGGCCGCCCCAAGAGGGACGACUACGGCUACGAGGAGAGGAGCCCCGAGCUGCACUACCGCAGGGACGAGGGCGGCUACGGCGACAGGGUGCGCGACGGCUGGAGCCACGACUACGACAGCCGCCGGGAGAGCUACCGCGAGGGCCGGUGGUGCCCGGCGCGCCACUGACCCGCUCUGGCGCCGCCGCGGCACCCGCCUGCC